UAUAACAAGUAACAACACAGCAUAGAAACCUUGGCUGGUUAUAAUCAGGCACUAGUGCUUGGCGCUAUUUUAUGACGUUUUCCACACGCGCCCUGGUUGUUCCCCCAAAGCGGAAGGAGCGUAUGUCUGUCGUUAGCAGCGUUCUAUCUGAAGAUGCUGUUCUACUCAUUUUUCAAGUCGUUGGUGGGAAAAGACGUUGUCGUUGAACUAAAAAACGACCUAAGCAUAUGUGGGACAUUACACUCAGUUGAUCAGUACCUGAAUAUUAAACUAACAGACAUAAGUGUGACAGAUCCAGAGAAGUAUCCCCAUAUGUUGUCCGUGAAGAACUGCUUCAUCCGUGGCUCAGUGGUGCGCUACGUGCAGCUCCCUGCGGAUGAGGUGGACACGCAGCUGCUGCAGGACGCUGCGCGCAAAGAAGCCAUGCAGCAGAAACAGUGACAUGCUGCCCUCUGCUGGCUGUCUGUUGCAGCUGAACUCGCAUCUCCAGUGACUCUGUUUUGAGUUUGACAACACUAGGGGCAAAGAAUAACUUCUGAGGAAUGUUUGUUGUUUUAUCUUUGCAUUAUCCAGUUGCCCCAACAGGCGUGAAGCCUGUUGAUAGCACACUGAGUAUAGUUCCUACUUGAUAUAAUUUGAUCUCUCUAAUGUCUUCCUAUUCAAAAAUCCCCCUGAUAGGAGGCUGAGAACUACCUCUGCAAGAAGUGCGAUGAGACAAUUGAGAGAAUUUUACUUUUUUUUCCCCCUCAAAAAGGUUACAAUAAAAAUAGAUUUUUCUUUGCCCUCAAAAAAGAUCAAAAUAAAAAUAGAUUUUUCUUUGCCCUCAAAAAGAUUAAAAUAAAAAUAGAUUUCUUUUUCCUUCAGCAGGUCUAAUCAAAAGUUUAUAACUCUGUAUGGGAUUAAUUUUAGUUAUAAACGGAAGCUCCUAAUUUUGUUAUGUUAAGUAAGUGUUGUCAUACUUUUUGGAGUCAUGGGGAAUGUUUUUGUUUGUGUUAAUUGUUUCCAUCAUUUGUUUAAAGGUUUGAAAUAAACAUUUUUUUCAUUAC